CCCAGCCAGUGCUCAGGAAGGUCACGUGUUGCACGUCCAGGGAUCCCUGUGGAAGGAGAGUCCUGAGAGUAUAGAGGGGCUGUAACUGAUCAUAGCGGUGUAUAGAAGAAGACAGGAAAGAUGCUGUGUACAUUGCGCUGUGCCCUGUCUAAGGGGAAAGCGGCUGCAGCACUCACCUCUGCAUGGGCUGACCUGACAAGAGGCGUGCAGGCUAAAGCAGCAUUUGCAACAGGCCCACGUCAACAUGACACAACUUUCUAUGAAUUCCGCACUUACACUAUCAAGCCUUCAUCGAUGGUAGAAUUCACAAAGCUUUCAAAUGAGAACUUUCAUAUACGCAUGGCACGUUCAGAGCUGAUUGGCUACUGGAGUUAUGAAUUGGGUGGUCUGAAUAAGGUGCUUCAUAUAUGGAAAUACGACAGCUUUGCACAUCGAACGGCUGUACGGUCCAAGCUACCUCAAGACAAAGAGUGGCAGGAAAAAUACAUAUGCAAAGCAUUGCCCAUGAUAGAAAAGCAAGAAAUUGAGAUUGCUUACUUGGUUCCAUGGUGUAAACUGCAGAAGCCAGAGAAAGAAGGUGUUUAUGAAUUGGUCACUUAUAAAUUUAAGCCUGGGGGACCCGCUGUCUGGGGCCAGGCAUUUAAAGCUGCCAUCUCUACUCAUGUUCACAAUGGAUACGCAAACCUUGUUGGCAUUUUCAACACAGAAUAUGGAUUACUCAACCAAGUCCAUGUCCUGUGGUGGAAUGAGAACGCUGACAGCCGAGCUGCAGGGAGGCAUGUGGCUCAUGAGGAUGCCAGGGUGGUUGCUGCAGUGAGAGAAAGCGUGAGAUUUCUUGACUCCCAGAGAAAUGCGCUUCUGAUUCCAGCACCCUUUUCUCCAUUAAAAUAACUACGGUUAAUUAUGAUGCACAAUUAAAUUGAACAGCUUUAAUGGAUAUGUCAAUCACUGUGUGCUUUUAUUAAACUAAUUUGAAUCUUUAAAUCUGUGUGUCUGUUACAUAUAGCUUCAAAAAAAUAAUUUCUGUAAUUGAACCGUUGUGUAUAUAAUAAAUUUGCAAAUUUUUUUA